AUGUAUGUUCCUGUGAACUUGGUCCGGGGUGGGUGCAGCCAAGGGGUUUGCCUGCGAGUGGCUGGCAGCAGAUGGUACGAGGGCAGACUCCUUGCUUCCAAGCUGUGUGUGCACACUUGGGGGAGUUGUGCUGCAAACAACAGAAACGUAUUGUCUCCCAGUCGUGGAGGCCGGAAGUCCACGAUCCAGGCCUGGGCAUGGUCAGUUUCUCCUGAUGGCAGUGAGGGAGGGUGUGUUCCAGGCCUCUCUCCUGGGAUGGGAGAGGCCGUCUGCGCCCUGUGUCUUCAUGUCGUCUUCCCUCCAUGCGUGUCUGAGUCUCUAAGUGUCCACUUUUAUAAGGACACAGUCCCAUUGGAUUAG